CGCCUCAAUGCCAAGAUUAAGCGCAUGGCCAACCUGCUGCGCACCGAGGCAGAGUACCACUCUGGUAACGAGGCCUACCGCGCACAGCUGCUCGGUCUUGCCGACCAACUCGAAACGCAAAUGGCGACCGUGAUUGGCAACGCAGUCAAGGUGGCUCAAUACGCCUCCAUGAACGGAGUCGUAGAUCCACAAAUGGUGCAGGUGCUGAACGGCUCGCUCCAGGCGCUGCAUGCCGACGUCAACAAGGCGGUUGUGGCCGUGCAAGGCAAAAUGUCCGAGCUCGACAAGCGCAUGUCGCUUGCCGUCGUUGGCGACCACCGCACGUCCAUUGCCGUUGAGCUCGAGGUGGCCGAGGAGCUCGGCCCCGUGCCGUCGGAUCCCAUCAAGAAGGCUGGCCACGAGAUCAAGCAAGAAAUUGCCAAGUGGGACGCUUCUGAAAACAGCAUUAUUGCCAAGGCCAGCAGCAUUGCCGAGCAGUUUAGCAAGAUUUCCGACUUUGCCGCCUCCGGCGACAAGAAGGGCUUGAUUUCAGCGUGCAGGCAGGUGCAGCAGGAUGCGCUGGAGAUUGCCAAGAAGGCCGCCGAGGUUGCCAAGACGUGCACUGACAAGCGUCUCAAGCAGCAACUCGAGGCCAUCGCCGCUGCCAUUCCCACCAUGUGCACGCAACUCAAGAUUCUAUGCGCCGUCCGCGCGGGAUCCGGUGACAGCGAUCCCGACGCACUCGAGCAGCUCGCGACUUGCGCUCAGGGCCUCUCUGGCGCCAUCACCAACACGGUCAAAGCAGCCCAGGCCGCGUCCAUUCGGUCCGUGUCCACCGCUGCCACCGUUGUCACUGCCGCUCUCAAGUGGAAGAAGAAGCUGCGUUAA